AUGUCCCAAGAAUCAGACCUCCAACCCGGCCAGAACCUCGCGCACCUCCUGCCCCCCUCCUGGACCGCCGACGUCCAGCGAUGGUUUGCGGAGGAUACCCCGUCGUUCGAUUGGGCUGGGUUCGUCGUAGGGGAAGAAGUGCAGGAAGCUAUUCUUUGGGGUAAGAGCGGGGGUGUUCUCGCGGGUGUACCCUUCUUUGACGAAGUAUUCAAGCAGGUCGACUGCACCGUGGAAUGGCUCCUCCCAGAAGGAUCUGUAGUCCCAGAGGGAACCAAGACCAAAGUCGCCAUCGUCCGAGGCCAAGCCCGACAGCUCCUCCUAGGCGAGCGAGUCGCAUUGAAUACCCUUGCGCGAUGCAGUGGUAUCGCUACCGUGUCGAGACGAUUCCGUGAUCUCGCGCGAGCAGAGAGAUGGAAAGGCGUCGUGGCUGGUACGCGCAAGACGACACCAGGGUUCAGGCUUGUGGAAAAGUAUGGGAUGAUGGUGGGCGGCGUUGACCCGCAUCGACACGAUUUGUCUUCUAUGGUCAUGCUCAAGGACAACCACAUUUGGGCUACUGGCUCGAUCACGGCAGCGGUCCAAACUGUGCGCAGGGUAGCAGGCUUCUCCCUUUUGGUCAACGUCGAAUGCCAAGAUUUCGCCGAAGCCGACGAAGCUAUCGCGGCCGGUGCCAACAUUGUCAUGCUCGACAACCUUGUCGGUAACGAUCUGCACGGUGCAGCUCGGCAGUUGAAGGAGAAAUGGGCGGGCAAACGCGAGUUUUUGAUAGAGACCAGUGGGGGUAUCGUGGAGGGGAGUUUGACGGGCAGGGUCGGGCCUGAUAUUGAUAUCCUUUCGACAUCGGCUGUCCACCAGAGCUGCCCACACGUCGACUUUUCGCUCAAGAUUCAACCCAAGAACAAGAAAUAA